UAGGACUUUUAACCCGACUAGUAUUGCGUGAUUACCGGAGGUCGGAAACGAAUCAGAGUAAUGGUUUGGAUGGUGCGUUGAAUUUUGCGCGUGCAUUUUUGUAAUCUUCAAGUGCAUAACGAAAACGUUUGACAGCGUUCUUUUCGACAAACUCACGAGAAAAUAAAAAAGAAACAUGAGCCCAAUUUCGUAUUUGUUUGUGAUCAUCGGCAUUUUGGAAUCCGUAGCCUCGGAAUGGAACACAAAGGAUUACAUGAAACGAGAACAUUCUCUGAUUAAACCGUAUCAAGGCACAGGUAUGACAAUACCUAAUUGGGAUUUUAUGGGAAGCACAAUGGUGACAAAUAAUUACAUCAGGUUAACACCUGAUCAACAAAGCAAGCAAGGUGCCUUAUGGAAUUCUAUACCAUGUCAAGUACGAAAUUGGGAGUUGCAAGUUCAGUUUAAAGUGCAUGGAAAAGGAAAGGAUUUGUUUGGCGAUGGUUUUGUUAUUUGGUACGCUAAAGAAAGAAUGACGUCUGGUCCAGUAUUUGGGAGUAAAGACUAUUAUCAGGGACUAGCCAUAAUACUUGAUACAUAUAGCAAUCACAACGGUCCACAUAAUCAUCAACAUCCUUAUAUCUCAGCCAUGAUAAACAAUGGAUCUCUGCAUUACGAUCAUGACCGCGACGGUACUCAUACGCAGCUCGCGGGAUGCGAAGCCAAGUUCCGGAAUUUGGACCAUGACACUCACAUAGCCAUAAGAUACGAAAGUGAUACCUUGACCGUUUCCACGGACUUUGCUAACAAAGCAGCCUGGAAAGAAUGCUUCCAAGUGAAUGAAGUUAAACUUCCAACAGGAUACUACAUCGGAAUAUCGGCAACUACCGGCGAUUUAUCGGAUAAUCAUGAUAUAUUAUCAAUCCGUUUGUUCGAAUUAGACUUGCCAAAUGAUACAAAAGAAGACAGAUCUCAAAUUGUGCCAUCAGCAGCAAGUUUUGAGGCGCCAAGAGAACGCGUAGAAGAUGCUCCGAAAGAGACUGGUAUGAGUGGUAUAAAGCUUUUCCUAGUGAUGUUAGUUAUAGCACUUGUUUUAAUAGCCUGUGUUGUCGUUGGCAUUAUGGUCUAUCAGAAACAUCAGGAGAACAGCAGAAAGCGUUUUUAUUAAAUUAAUUGUAGGUAGUGUAUGUGUCUUAAAUGUCAGCUUACCGUUAGGUUUCUCCUUAAAUUUCAGCUUACCGUUAGAUUUCUCCUUUAUUCGAGGAUCUUUCGUUAAACAGCUGUAAAUUUAAGCUGUAAAUUUAAGAACCGCUCAUAAGACUGUCUUCUGUUUUUCUUUGACUAUUACAAACAUAGAUCGACAUCGUGCCAGAGCAGUCUUCAGAAUAAAAGAGAAAAUGAGUAUGUACGAAAGCAUGAUAUCAACUGUAAUGUAUUCGCGGAAAAUUGCCUCAAUUUACACGCUUUACGCAAUCAGUAAAUGUUGCGUCGGUGUACAUUUGUUAUUUAUGCCCAAUUUGUAUUGCGAGUAUGUAUUUAUUACAGUUCCUUUACCAAAGUUAUUAACGUCUCAAGAUGCCACGAAGAAUUUACAUAAUGGAGUAUAAGUUUUUUUAUAUAUCCGACUGCUAAUCCCUAUAUUAUAGAACGUGGAAAAAGGUAAUCAAUGUAAAUGUAUGUUCUUACAAUAUGUGCAUAUUGCUAACUGAAUGCACUGCGGAUAGUUUAUAAAAGAUAUGUAUUAAUUUUUUUAGAGAAACCUAAAUACUUAAUUUAAUUUGUGGUGA